CAAGAAUGUGCCUCAGCGUGUUCACGUCCUUUCGCAACCUGGCACGGCGAAGAGGCACCACCUUCUGGAGAUUCCGCACCACUACACCCAUUUUAAAGCGCCACUCAAAAAGACGAAUAAGAAAAAAAUUGGAGACACAUUUGUGGUAAAAAUGAACACACCCCGGUUGACUGCCACUAGUCUGUCUCGCAACAACUGUCCUUCCUGAAAUCAAGGUGACACGCCGGGAGUAUGACGUACAAAGCACCUGCGUAGGCGAGGGGGGCCGCACAAGACGGAACCGGCCACAGAAAUGAGGCGUUGGCGGCUGACUAAUACUGACGGCAGACAAACCUGGCGUUAUGUGGAUGAUGGGGAGACUCCAGAAAGAGAACAGACCAUGCUAGAGGCCCAUUCUUUAGGCUUGGACACGACGAAGUUUGUGUGUGACUCCCCACACGCCAACACAGCUUUAAAUGCAGCCAUGAAGGGGAUGCUCUUCUAUAGUCACCUCCAGGCUGAGGACGGCCAUUGGGCAGGGGACUACGGUGGACCUCUCUUCCUGCUCCCAGGUCUACUGAUCACUUGUCAUAUAGCUAGGAUCCCUCUGCAUGAGGCCUGGAAGAAAGAGAUGGUUCGAUACAUGCGCUCUGUUCAGCUUCCAGAUGGAGGCUGGGGCCUACAUAUUGAAGAUAAGUCGACAGUAUUUGGCACAGCUCUGACUUACACCUCACUAAGAAUUCUGGGUGUCAGUCCAGAUGAUCCAGAUAUGGUUCGAGCGAGGAGCAACCUCCACAGCAAAGGUGGCGCAGUGGGGAUCCCUUCAUGGGGGAAAUUCUGGCUGGCCAUUCUUAAUGCUUACAGUUGGGACGGAAUGAACACACUGCUACCAGAGAUGUGGUUGCUCCCCACUUGGAUGCCAGCCCACCCCUCUACGCUGUGGUGUCACUGUCGCCAGGUUUACCUCCCCAUGAGCUACUGCUAUGCUGUCCGACUCGCAGCUGAGGAGGAUGCCCUGGUUCUCAGCCUCAGACAGGAGCUUUAUGUCCAGGACUAUGCUAGCAUUGACUGGCCAGCUCAGAGGAACAAUGUGGCACCAUGUGACAUAUACACGCCUCAUAGUACACUGCUGACUGUCACUUACAUGGUACUAAAUGUGUACGAGGCUCACCACAGCACCACACUGAGACGGAUGGCUGUCAGAGAACUUUACGAGCACAUUCAAGCCGAUGACCGCUUCACAAAAUGCAUAAGCAUUGGGCCGAUUUCCAAGACGAUCAACAUGCUGGUUUGCUGGUACGUGGAAGGUCCCUCUUCUCCAGCCUUCCAGGAGCAUGUGUCCAGGAUCCCCGACUAUCUCUGGUUGGGACUAGAUGGCAUGAAAAUGCAGGGAACCAAUGGCUCUCAGCUCUGGGAUACUUGCUUUGCUGUACAGGCUUUCCUCGAGGCAGGCGCCCAGGAUAACCCUAAACUAGCGGAGUGUCUCGGACGUGCCCACCAGUUUCUCACCAUCACGCAGAUUCCAGAUAAUCCUCCAGAUUACCAAAAGUACUACAGACAGACAAAUAAGGGAGGUUUCCCCUUCAGUACCCGCGACUGUGGGUGGAUAGUAGCUGACUGUACGGCCGAGGGCCUCAAGACAAUGAUGCUGCUUAAAGAGCUGUGCCCCUCCAUCGGCGAGCCUGUCGCCGUGGAGCGACUGUACGACGCCGUCAAUGUGCUAUUGAGCAUGAGAAACCCAGACGGUGGAUUUGCCACAUAUGAAAGAAAGAGGGGGGGGAGACUCCUGGAGCUGCUCAACCCAUCCGAGGUGUUUGGUGACAUCAUGAUAGAUUACACCUAUGUGGAGUGUACGUCAGCAGUGAUUCAGGCUCUGAGGUACUUCCACAAGGUCCACCCUGAACACCGCACAGAGGAAAUAAGGAACACCCUGAGAAAAGGACUGGAUUAUUGUAGGAAGGUGCAGAGGCCAGAUGGAUCCUGGGAAGGGUCCUGGGGAGUGUGUUUCACAUACGGGACAUGGUUCGGCCUUGAAGCCUUUGCUUGUAUGGGCCACAUCUACAAGAAUGAGGAUGUAUGUGCGGAGGUGCAGAGAGCUUGUCAGUUCCUGUUGGAUCGGCAGAUGUCAGACGGGGGCUGGGGGGAGGACUUUGAAUCAUGUGAGCAACGUUGCUACGUUCAGAGCAGCUCACCUCAGAUCCACAACACCUGCUGGGCUUUGUUAGGGCUCAUGGCUGUCAGGCACCCUGAUCAGCAGGCCAUUGAAAGAGGAAUAAAACUGCUGAUUGAUAAACAGCUUCCCAAUGGAGACUGGCCUCAGGAGAAUGUUGCAGGUGUGUUCAACAAGAGCUGCGCUAUCAGCUACACCUCCUACAGAAAUGUCUUCCCUAUCUGGACCCUUGGCCGCUUCUCAGAACUAAACCCCUGCAGCUCUCUGACUGGAAAACUCAAUUUGUGAAGAUCUGGAUCAACUACACGACAGGCUGGAUGACAAGAGGAUUCACUCUGUGCAUCUGCCUCAACACCUUGGCGUAUUGGUUCUAUAGCGGAAUGAACGGAGUGAGUGAAUCCUCCUGUCAGUUAUUUAGUCUCUUUGUUCCAGAGGAGGGAGGCGGGGCAUUAGCGAGUGCACACACAGAGUGCUGCAAGUGAGUGUCGUGAGGAGUAACAAGCAAGCAAACGCCAAUGGGUGAUUCUCUGAAAGGGGUACCAGUGACAGUAAAGUUACUUCGAGGGGCAUGACGCACAGACUACAGUGAUUAGAAGCCAUAAACAUGUCAUGAAAAUGAAAAUACACUGCAAACGUAUUGAAGAAACAGUGUCGAAUACUUUCUUUGUGCCUGUUGUGUAUAAAACACCAUCUGAUGUCAAUUUCAGCCUGUUUGCACCUCGUCAUUUUGUAACAUGAAAAAGUUUGUGACAAAUACAAUUAAAUAAGUAAUACAAAGCGGUGGAACUUAAUUUUGCUGUGAUUCCCGAAGUAUAACACCUCAUUGUGCACCAAAUGCAUUUUGCUGCAUCCAAAACACGUACUUCGACCAAACUCUGACAAAACAUUACACGUCUGUUUACCUGCCUGCUACAUGUUGUGCUGUCAUUUUUGUGUUGGCACCGGGAUUGUAGUUCGUGUUCUGUCUAGGACCCCUCUGUGUGACCGUCUCACUGCGAGUUCAAUGCUGGCUAAUGCUUGCCCAAUUAAAGAGCCUCUUCUUCAGGAUGUG